AUGAACCACAAUUUAUCACUAAUCACCAAACAUAUUCCCAACAUUUGUUGUUUGUGUUUUGGAACAUACUCGACAUCAGAUGAAGUUCUUAAAUGCUCAAUGAUUUCGAGCGGAUGUGAUGCAAUUGAAGAAUCAACUAAUAAACGAAUAAGACGAUUUUACGAGUUUUUCAUUGCUUGUUUGCUAGUCUGCUUAAUUUUGCUAUCUUUGCCUUACUUGUUUUCCAGUGAUAAGUGGCAAAUAUUUGGAAUGUUGAAGGUCCUAUAUAUGAUGCGUAACAUAUUUGAGCGACGAACAGAAAUGGGAUUUAAUACUGAGAGCGGAUCAUUGUUACGUGGGGAGAGGAAAGUGUGUGGAAAUGAAGCAGCAAAGGCAUGUUUGGGAGGAAAAUGUUGUUCAUUGAUGCUAAAGCAUACCCACGCGUUUUUGCUACCCUCGUUUCAAACCUCCCACGCACCAAAAUGCUGCUUUGGGGAGAAAAUCGAUAAACUCUCAUUUGGAUUUAAUAUUGAGUAA